AUGGAGAAUUCCCACAAGAUCAGGAAGCUUUUCGUCAAUUUCCUUAAAAUCCCUCUUCUCCUUGUGCUCAUCUUCCUUUUUGUCUGCUCCUUGGACAUUUUGAGUUCAGCCUUCCAGCUAGUAGGGGGUAAGGUAGCUGGGGACAUAUUCCAGGACAGUGCGGUGCUUUCCAACCCCGUUGCAGGGCUGGUGGUGGGAAUCUUAGUCACUGUGCUGGUUCAAAGCUCCUCCACCUCUACCUCCAUUGUUGUCAGUAUGGUUGCCUCUGGAUUGCUUGAAGUGCGGUCGGCUGUUCCUAUCAUCAUGGGGUCCAACAUCGGAACGUCAGUCACAAACACCAUUGUAGCCAUGAUGCAAGCGGGAGAAAGGAUGGAGUUUAAACGUGCAUUUGCUGGGGCAACAAUCCAUGACUGCUUUAACUGGCUGUCGGUCCUGGUCCUGCUGCCAGUGGAGGUGGUAACUGGCCUACUGACCCGGCUGGCCCAUCUGGUGGUCACCAGCUUCAGCUUACAGAGUGGAGAUGAUGCCCCGGAGCUGCUGAAGGUCAUUACUGAACCAGUCACCAAGCUCAUUAUACAGCUGGACAAGAGUGUGAUCACAGGCAUUGCCAUGGGACAUGAGGGCAUGAGGAACAGGAGCCUAGUGAAGGAAUGGUGCCAGUCUUCUGUAAAUGUAAGUAUGAGUGGCACUGUGAACUGUAGCUCCAGCCGGCCCUGUUGGGGGGUCAGUGACAUGAUCUGGACCAAAGAGAACUUGACGGCAGAAGUAAACUUUCAGAGAUGUAGGCACCCGUUUGCAUCUUCCCAGCUAUCAGAUCUUGCUGUGGGGCUUAUUCUCUUGGCAGGAUCCCUGGCUGUUCUCUGCACAUGUCUGGUGCUCCUAGUCAAACUUCUCAACUCCCUGCUCAAAGGCCAUGUGGCAAAGGUCAUCCAGACGGUCAUAAACACAGAUCUACCGUAUCCAUUUGGCUGGCUGGCAGGAUACCUUGCCAUGAUUGUGGGUGCAGGGAUGACUUUUAUUGUCCAGAGUAGCUCUGUCUUCACUUCAGCCCUGACCCCGCUGAUAGGUAUUGGCGUGAUUACGCUGGAGAGAGCCUAUCCCCUGACCCUGGGCUCCAACAUCGGCACCACUACCACCGCCCUACUGGCAGCGUUGGCCAGUCCUGGAGACAAGCUGGCUGCUGCCAUACAGAUUGCCCUGUGUCACUUCUUCUUCAAUAUCUUCGGCAUUCUGCUGUGGUACCCUCUGCCCGUCAUGCGUCUGCCAGUAAAGAUGGCCCGUGGCCUGGGUGAGCGCACGGCCAAAUACCGCUGGUUUGCUGUCCUGUACCUCCUAGUUUGCUUCUUACUCUUCCCAUCGCUGGUACUGGGCCUCUCACUGGCAGGCUGGCGGGUCCUGGUCGGAGUUGGUGCUCCCUUUCUUGGUGUGACCAUCUUCAUCACCAUGGUGAAUGUGAUGCAGGCACGUAGUCCCCGUCACCUGCCCGCCAAACUCCAGAGCUGGGACUUCCUGCCCGCGUGGAUGCACUCUCUCAAACCCCUGGAUCGCCUCAUCAACAAGGCAACGGUUUGCUGCAGUCCGGGACACGUCGAGCAACGGGGGGGAACAGUAGGGAGUGAAGAAGAAUGCGUAGCGACCGUCUACACCGGGACGAGCUCUGUCCAUGCUGAGGUGAUGUACGCCCAUAGGAAGGUGGAGUUGACCUAUGACAACCCAGCUCUGGCCUACCUGGACGAGACCAGACCAGGUUUUCCAGUGUUUAAACUGAGAGGAUUAGAGAGGUGCAAUAGUACUCCACUCUAG